UUACUAUAUUGAAUGUGGCGUUAUAAGACAAUGUGUCGACAACAGCACGGCGUCGGAAGCUACCUGUCUCUUUCUUCUCUCCCUCCCCCAUAGUUCCGCUAUAGAUUGAUACCCGAACCCAGCUGCUUUGGAUCAAAAAUCCUCGAGAUAAGUGUUUUUCAAAUUUGUUGACACAGCAACAAUUCCCUCCAACUUUAGAGCUGUCUCCCACUGACAGAGUGGCAUAGAAUGGAGGAAAGAAUAAAAAGAAUCCCACCAGGGGAUCAGAUGAAUCACUCCAAUGCAGGAAAUUGGUCCAGGAAGAAUUCUAAGUCAAAGGUCUCAAAUAAAGACAAUCAGCAAGACAGCAACCCAAGACAGCAUGGGUACAGUAGCGUUCAGCAUCCCAGAAGGAUGAGAGAUGUCUACGUUGACCCUUCUCAGAAGAGAGCCACAUUUAGUGGACAGACCCUACAGACCUCAAAGCCCAGAUCUGAGGCUGCCUCUCAUCACAAGAAAAUAAUCAGAAGAUCAUCUGAUGGUUAUCGAGGGACCAGACCUUCUCCUGAAAGUACUGAGAGACCUAAAUCAUUUGAAGUGACAUUGUCAGACUUCCCAGAACUGGGCAACGCGACGUUGAGUGAUUCUGUAACUUCUUUCCGUCAAGAGCCUUCAACUUGCUGGGGUCCAAAUGCCGUACGCUCUAAUCCCAGUUCGGCCACUGAAGAUGUUUCAGAAACAGAGGGCCGGAAAAUAAGAUCAUAUCAGCCAAUGUCCUCAAGCAAAGAACACGAUAAACUCUCAACUACCACGAAAGAAUAUACCUUACCCAGCCCUUAUAUUGGACCAUUAGCAUCAUCCUGGGCCAACAUCGCCUCUCAGCCUCCAAAGCCUGUCACUCUGAAAAGUCCAACUGUAACCAACGCCUCAUCUCAGGAGGAUCCAUCAGCACAAGUAGACUCAAACUCUGAAAAAAAGAAGAAAAAGAAAAAAAAGAAGAAAUCCAAACUGCCACAUGAAGAAAUCACAGAGGAGAUGCCUAAUGAGCAUUUUAUUGUUCAGGAGCCUCCAAAGUUUGAGGAUGAAGAGGAGUUCCCUGAUCUGUGUCAGUCGUUUGUCAGCCCACCCAGAGGACAGGGACACAGCCUAAGUGUAACUGCGCAGGAGAACAAAGGAGAAGGUUCUGCACUAGAAGUGAAAAAUAAGAACAAAAGCAGUUCAGCAGGCUCUGCAGAUUCCAAGAAAACACAGACCAGUCAAAAGAAGAGCAAAGCCCCUGUGCAGCUUGACCUUGGCAACAUGCUAGAGGUUCUUGAGAAGAAGCAGCAGUCUCACAAAUCCAAGCAGGACAUUAAACCAGUUACUUUUUCAGUCGGAGGAGCACUGCCUGUUGUUGCGAAGGAGCUUUCAGUCCAGAAGAAGCAUCCAAGGCAACAAGAGAGGAUAGCGCAUAACCCCUUGGACUCCACCAGCCCUUUAGUGAAAAAGGGGAAGCAGCGUGAAGUUCCUAAGGCAAAAAAGCCUACGGCGCUCAAAAGGGUGAUUCUGAAGGAGAGAGAGGAAAGAAAACAGAACCGUUUGCUGCAGGAAAGAGGCCAAGCACCUGUGAGUAGUGAGGGCAAUAACCCUGAGGAGCCUGAGGACCAGAAUCCAUACAAGACUGGCCUGUCUGAACAGAGCCAGCCUGAACCCGCAGAUGAAAGCAGUGAUUGUAUUGCUACUGAGGAUUCAGCGGGUGACGAACCUGAAAUACAGAAUGCAGAAGAUAUUAUGAAGCAGAACACUCCAUCAAAUCAUAAUCUAAAUCGUCCAAAAAUUCACAGCAGGAAGUUCAGGGAUUACUGCAACCAAGUGCUUAGCAAAGAUGUGGAUGAGUGUGUGACCAGUCUCCUGAGAGAGCUUGUGCGUUUUCAAGACCGCCUCUACCAGAAAGACCCAAUGAAAGCCAGAAUGAAGAGGAGAUUGGUCAUGGGCCUGAGAGAGGUCCUAAAGCACCUGAAACUAAAAAAAGUCAAGUGCGUCAUCAUAUCUCCCAACUGUGAACGCAUCCAGUCCAAAGGUGGUCUAGAUGAAGCCCUUCACACCAUCAUUGAUACGUGUCGGGAGCAGGGGGUCCCUUUUGUCUUUGCCUUGUCCAGGAAGGCACUGGGUCGCUGUGUGAGCAAAGCUGUCCCAGUAAGCCUGGUGGGCAUCUUCAACUACGACGGAGCGCAGGACUACUAUCACAAAAUGAUCGAACUUUCGUCAGAAGCACGCAAAGCAUAUGAGGAUAUGAUUGCAAAUCUAGAGGAACCAGAAGAGACAGAAAGUCCAGACUUGGAACAGAGUGUCAAGCCAACACCAGAUCUGUCUGAGGAGCCAGAGUACAUCAAAAUCUGGAAGAAGAUGCUAGAAAAAGAAUGCAAUCAUCAGUUUUUGAAUUUUGAAGAACAGUUUACAAAGAUCACAGUCAACUCUGAUUCAGAAGCACCAUUUGAAGAUGAUGAGCAAAGAUGAUAAAGGGAUAUUUUUUUGAGUAAGAGGAAGAGAGCUCCCUGUCUGUUCCAUUGUAUCCAUUUGAAAUGAUCAGUUCAGUAAAAACUGGCUAAGUGGCUGAAUUUGGCCAAUGAAAAAUCCAGUAGAUAUACAUGCUCAGCAAUGCAGCACUUUAUAAGUGGAGGUUUGGAAGUACCUGAGGUGCCUAGGAAUAAUAUUAACAGAGGAGAUACUGUCAGUCAAGUUGAACUUUUGUAGUUAAAAUUUUUCCUCAUUAACAUAUAUAAUAUUCUAAAGAAACUAUAAAUUAAAAUAAAUCAACUAUAGAGUGCGUAAGGCUGAUUUUACAACCACAUUCAAUAAGAAUGUGUUGUUGUUUUUUUCUGUUGUUGUAGUAGUAUCAUCAUGAGUCACAUUAAUAACCAAACCAGUCAUAACUGUACUGGCAUUGUUUGUUAGGAAUCUUUGGCACAUUUUCUGUUGUUACCCUAUGCAUAAUUUACCCUUUUUCAGACAUUUGUAAUAGUAGCUGGUCUGCCAGUAUUGAAACAAGUAUGGAUUUCUUUGUUUGUUAAUUAGGCAUAGGCAACUUUCCAAACUGAAAAGACUGUGCAAACAUCUUACAAUUCGCUCUUUUUGUAUGUGGUACUCUGUUGUAUCUGUGCUGAACAGAAACUUUCUAACCAACUUUUCUUUCUGCAAUUUGUAAACCAAGCAGUUGAAAUUCAUGCUGAUUUGGUAGCUGAACUUGAACUAAAUGGGAACUGGAGGAUCUGAGACUGCUGCUUUGGUUCCUUCCGAUACACAGAGAUCAUUUUCUUAUAUCAGUGUUCUCACACCCUGAAAAUAUUGAAUAUAAAAUAUGAUAUCUGCAUAAGGCCCUUUUUUCAAUAUCUGAAUUCACCAGUGAUCACUGAUUUGCUCCUGAAAUUAUUUAUCACCCAUAUUUCUGUUAUGCGGUGCGUGAACCAGUUUUUUUGGCAACAUUUGUUCCAUUUUAACACUUCUAAACUGACAUUCAGUGGGUGACUGUGCUAGAAUCAUUUACAUGCAAAUUAAAUGCAAGUUUGCCUGUGGAUGUGAAUGGCACUUUAUAGAGGCCUCCAGAUAUCAAAGUUGACCAUAAACAGUGCUCUGCUACUGUGACUCAAUCCAGUCAUGCCUAAGACAGCUGCUCGGGUUAACCUUUUAAACAUAUGGCCAAAUACAAAAGAGAAAAAAAAAAUCUUGCAUCUCUUAAUAUAAAUAUUUGUUCCUGUGACAGUUUUCCUUUCCCGAUGCAAUACAUUUGUAAAGAUCCUAAGAUGCUAUGUAAGAAUGGAACACUGUGUUUGAUUGAUAUUAAAAAUAUGUGAAUACUUAAUUUUGAAUUUUGAAAAAGAAAAUGUGGAGAAUGAAGAAUAUUCAGUGGUGCUGAGAACAUCUUUGCUGCAAAAUAAUAGGGGGGAAAAAGAAAAAGAAAAUGAAAAGAGAAACUGUGAACACCAGCAUUCGUUUUGGCGACAUGGUGGACCAUCAAUACCUUGUUUUUCUUUCAAAUUUCAUUUACAGUUUUGAGUUUGUCAUUAAUUUUCCAUUAUUGUCGUUAUUUGCCUUCUGUUGUCUUUAAAACUUGAAGAAUAAACUG